AUGGAGAGCGAGGGUCUGGAUCACUGGAGAAGCUACUUUAAGAGUGCGAGCUCGAGCAUUUUUGAGGUGAUCGAGCAUGGAAUCAUGGUGGCGGCUAAGGAUUGUCCAGAGGAGUUCAGGCUCAAGCGAGGUAAGAUUGCGGAGAAGCUUUACUCUUGCCAAUUUGCAGGCAAUUCUGGGUGCGAUUGUGUGGAGGUUUCAAUGAAGAAUGAGGACCUCAAUGUUGAGAAAAGGGAAGGUGGAGGCGACGAGAGAGAGGUGGGUGGCAAUGGUGAUGUUCCCAAGGCUGAUUGUGGACAGAAGACUAAGGAUGACGGCAAUGUACCUGAGCAUGCAGUGAUCCAAAUGAGAAAUCGAAAUGACCCCAAAGGGAAGGCAAUGGAGGAUGAGGAUCAUGAGGUUGAUGAAGAGAAUGAAAUACUUGGGGAGGUUCUGAGAAUCAAAGAGCUUAUUACCAGCAGUCCAAAUGAGUCUGAAAGAGUGUUAUUCGAUGCUUUAAAGAGACUUCAAUUGAUGCCUAUUUCUGUCAAGAUCCUGCAGGUAACAAUGGUAGGUAAGGCAGUCAAUGAUCUGAGGAAGCGCAGUUCCAAACAAACAAGUCAGCUGGCUAAAACACUCAUUGAAGGAUGGCAACUUGUGGUAGACCAAUGGGUCUCUGCUAUGGAGGCUGUCUCUGCUGUAGAAGAUGUUUCAGGUUCAGCUGCCGACUCCAACCCUUGUGCAGUAGAUGAAAAAGAGCUCCCUUCACUCCCAUUGAAUGAUCAAGAGUUCCCUUCGCUCCCAUGGAAUGAAAAUGAGCUCCUUUUUGUCCCCAUGCGUGAAGAAGAUAUCUUCCCUACUCAAACUGCUUCAGAAGACUGUCUAGAAACAGUAUAUCCCAUAAGCACUGAGGAUGACGAAGGAGAAAGGAUGGAGCAAGAGCCUGCUGUGAAGCCAGUGGAGGUCCCCAAUAUUAAUCUCUCAACUACCAACCUGGGGCCAGGCAGACGUCUAAAACCAAGUUUAGAGACAAAGCUCAAUAAUGAAACCGAGUCUCAGCAGAAGUCUGACAAGUUUGCAAUAACAAAGCGACAGGGAACAAGUCAAUAUGAGGUAUGUAUCACUAGUAUGAACGCCUUGACGUUUCAACUCAAAAAGUCCUUAGCCAUCUAA